ACCAAUCAGGGCCAGAUGAGGUUAAGAGGAGGGACUGAGAAGAGAGAAGAGGUAACCACCCUUUCCCUUACCUAAACGGACACCCAGCCAACCCUGUCAUUCAACAGCCAGGCCACAAUGCGUGUAGGGUCGACACUCUCCACAGUGGGUGGGUUGAGUCACUCGUGAACUGCUGGUGUCUCUGUGGUUUUUAGCUUCAAAAGGUUCCUCACAUGCAACUCCAGCCUUUACAUGUGAAUAGAGGAGAGGCCCUCUGGUUUUUCAUGUGUUGUCAGCGGAUGUUGAAGGUUGAAUGGCGUUGUCUCAAACAGUUUCCAAACCAUCUCCUAUCCACCUGCCCAUCUUCUCUUCCCAUCACUCCUCCCUUCCUCCUCCAUACCUCUAAGAUGAUCCGAGUUCACAACACCCAGUACUCCCUCUUCCUGCGCCAGGCAGAUGUCCUGCGUCGCUCGGGGACGCUGUGUGAUGCUGUCAUCUCAGUGGAGAGCCAUGUGUUCAAGGCCCAUCGGCUGGUGCUGGCCUGCGCUAGCAAAACCCUGGAGCAUCAGCUCACCCUGCAGGCUGCAUACUCAGACCAGCCUGAUCGCCUCAACCAACCUCACCACUGUAGUCUGGAGCUCCUCUCUCCACACACCUUCCAGCAGGUCCUGGACUUUGCCUACACCGAGACCCUGGAGGUCCCUGUGGAUGAUCUGCCCCAGCUUCUGAGGGCCGCCAAGCUCCUGGAGAUGCAUUCCCUGGAGGAGCAGUGUCGCAGCCAGCUGAAGAGAAAUCGGGGGUGCCUGAAGAGAGAGAGAAGAGAGUUGAGAGAAAUAAGAGAAGUGAGAGGAACGAAAGAAACUGGAGAAAUGACAGAAACAAGACUUCAGAUAACAGAGGAGAGAGAUGAGAAAGAAUCCCUGAAAGGAAGUCCCAUUCCAGAAGAUGGGGAUCCCCAGACAAUUCCUUCCAUUGAUCUGGAGCCCCAGAGCAGCCCAUUCACUGAGGAUCCCACUCUUCCUGACACUAGGGAUAACUCCUCUGGUUCAUCACCACCACAGAGAAAAAGGCCAAAGCCACUCACACCCACACUAGUGGCCACCACACCGCCUCCAUCCAGAGACAGUGUCAUCGCCACCACUGCUGCCACCAUCCAACCCCCUCCUCCUCCUCCUCCCCCAGCGUCGAGGGUCAUGUGGCACCAAGUCAACACCCUGAGGAGGAUGGCCUUGAACUAUAACGACAUCCUAGCAGCCAGUUCCUCUUCCCUUCACCCCUCACAGCACCUGGUGACAUACCCCUUCCACCUCCCCUCUCUCCACAUGUACCCCCUGCUAACGUCCUCAUGCCCGCCCCAGGUCCACAGCGCCGUCCUGGGCUACCCGGGCAUCCUGCAUCCAUACCACCACCCCCUGCUCUCUGGGUCUCGGGAGCUGGGAGACAUCCUGAAGCAAGGUCUGCUGGGAAAAAGAGACUCGAUGGAUAAAGUGUUGAUAGGUGGAGCACCAGGGGAAGGGCAAAGAUACUCCCAGGAGCGUCCAGGAAGAACCCAGGACUGUCAGCACUGCAGCAAGGUCCCCCUGGGCAGCUCAUGGCUGCAGGCCUCAACCACCAACCCCUCAGGCUCAGAUGAGACUUCUCUGGGGUGUAAGUACUGUGAUCAUAGCUUCAGGGUGGAGAGGUCACUGCCGUCCCACCGGCGAGAUCAGGGAGGAGAGAAGCCCUACCAGUGUAAACGCUGCUCCAAGAGGUUCAGUCUCAAACACCAACUGGAUACACACCAUCGGGUACACACAGGAGAGAAGCCGUUUGAGUGCCGUCUGUGUGGCCAGCGGUCAAGGGACUACUCAGCCAUGAUCAAGCACCUGCGGACCCACGGCGGGGCCACACCCUACCAGUGUACUGUCUGCCUGGAGUUCUGUAGCAGCCUUGCUGCCAUGCAGAAACACCUGAAGACCCACCCGCUGCAGGACUUCCCCCCAGACUGGACCAUCAGCAGCACCUACCUGUACACAUGCCAUACCUGAGCUAGCUUGAAGGCAAAUGUAAUGUCAACAGAGAAUCGUUUUACUGCCAAACAUCUCAGGGAAACUAACUCAUAGCAUGUAAUGUACAUACAUGGUAACAAGACACCAGUUACCGUAGCAUUUAUCCAUGUACUCCAAAAGUGCAUGGAGUACAUCAAUGCAUAUUUCCACCACUAGAAGGACACUGGGUCUCAGAAAAGAAUGUAAAACAUGUCUUCCAUCAACAGCAUUAUCAUUAUCAAGCACAGUAUUAUUACCAUUCUAUCGUGGCUGUAGCUGAAGAGUCAGUCACUUCCAAGAGACAAGGAAAGGAAACAUCAAGACUAUUUAGAGGCAGCAAAAAAUGUGUCCUUGUUUCAUAUGAAUGUUUCCAUCCAUGUUUGGCCGUUAUCUCUCUCAGGACGACUUGGAGCAAUUGUUUUGUUCUCAAGUUCUUGAUUUUCAUUUAGCCAUAUGUGUUUAGUACAUUUAGAUCUUGUUCGAUUCAUAUUUACAGUGCCUAUAGAGUCUGCACCUCCUGGAAUUGUGCAUUACAAAGUGGGAUAGAAAAAUAUUUUAUAAAUUUGUUAAAAUCAUUAAUCUACCCAAAAUACUCCCUAAUAUCAAAGUGAAAAGACAAUUCUACACAUUUUUACAAAUGAAUAACAAUUAAAUAACUAAAACAUAGUAGCUGCAGAAGUAAUAGCCUAAAUGAAGUCAAAUUUGUCUUAACAAAUCACAUAAGUUAUAUGGACUCCCUCUGUGUGAAAUAAUAGGGCUUGACAUGAUUUUUUGAACGACUACCCCUUGCUCUGUCCUCCAUACAUACAACAUAUGUAAGGUCCCUCAGCCAAGUAUUGAAUUUGAAGCACAGAUUAAACUACAAAGACCAGGGAGAUUUUUGAAAGCCUCAUAAAGAUGACCAGUGAUUGGAAGAUGGGUAACAAUAACAAAUCAGACAUUGAAUAUAUCUUUAAGCUUAAGGUCAGAUGAAUAAUUAUGCUGUGGAUUACGUAUUAAACCACCCAGACACAUCAAAGAUGCAGUCGUCCUUCUGAGCUGCAGGACGUUAAGGAAACUGCUUAGGGAUGUUAUUGUGAGGCCAUUGGGGAUUUUAAAACAACUACAGAGUUCAAUGGCUGUGAUGGGAGAAAACUGAGGAUGGAUCAACAACAUUGUAGUGACUCCACAAUAAUGACCUAAAUGACAGAGUGAAAAGAAGUAUACAAAUAUACAAAAAAUCCAAAAAGGCACUAAAGUAAUACUGCAACAACAACUAAAACAUGGCAAAGGAAUACACUUUUUUGGCCUAAAUGCAAAGCCUUAUGUACUUAUCUAAUCAAGGUAUAUUAGUGUCUUCCACUUUGAUAUUACAGAGUAUUUUGUGGAGGCCGUUGACCAAAAAAUACAAUUAAAUCCAUUUUCAUCCCACUUUGUAACACAAUAUAAUGUGAAUUUGUAAGUCGCUCUGGAUAAGAGCGUCUGCUAAAUGACUUAAAUGUAAAUGUAAAUGUAAAAUAAUGUGAAUAAAUCCAAGGGGUGUGUAGCCGUUCUAUAGGCACUGUCUAUUUGCUUUAGCCCGUUGCUAUUUUAAUGAUAGUAUUGAUAUAAUAAAUGUACUCAUUUGGCAGAUGGCCUGUUUUUGUAUUGAAUGUAGAUCCUCACACAGUCACACCCAACAACAACCAAAAAACAGUAGCCUGUCAAACCUUUAUGACGAUUGAUUUGUUUUGGCAUUACAUUACACAGCAGCUGGCAUGCAGAGUCGAUUUGUAAUUAUUAUCUCUUCAGAGAAUAAAUGUUUUAAAUAAAUAUUUAUUUAUUUUUGACAA